AUGGAACCCAACAAAGAGUCAGCAUUGCCAAUUCCAUCGGUGAAGGCUGCUGAACCAACAACGGAUUCAGCAGUGGAAACGACUGUACCAAAUACAGUGCCAGCAGAUGCCACAACGUCGCCCGGAGAGUUGCCCACGGCGUCGCUUACAGCCCCUGGACCAACGCCGCCACAGGAACCAACUACAUCCACAGCAAGAUCAUUGCCGGUAUCCGACCCAAUGUCGAUCAUACCCACAGAGAGUGGACCUCCUCCACAAUACGAUGAACACGAGAAAGACGCAAUCACGGCACCGGCACCGGCAGUUACAUUGCCACAAACCAACGAGAAAGGCGCACCAAUUGGCCCCCAAGUUGCUGUUGCUCAGAAUGUUAUCCCUCUGGCGGAACUUGGUGAAGAGCCCGGACGGAUUUGUUGUCCGUUUUGUUUCCAUGAGGUUCAGACCAGAGUGAACAAGGAGAGCACUAGUGCCACAUCUAUGGCCGCCGUGUGUUGCUGUCUCUUUGGCGGAAUCUGUUGUGCAUUCCUACCAUUCUGUAUGGAAAUGUGUCACGACUCACACCACUUCUGUACGAACUGCGGUGUGCAAGUGGCAAUUCAUCCGCACGAUGGACCAGUGGUGCAAUUUGGACCUGACUCUCCUGGCGCAAUUAUCGAAGCACCAGGCCGCAUUCAACCACCGGAGGCGGUUAUGAAGAACUAG